GUAGAAGUGUAGUAUGUAGAGUGCGUUUGUAGGUGAUAGCGCAGCCUCCGGAUCUCUGUGGUUGGAGGUUUACUUCACUUCAUUGUAUAUAUCAUGUUUCUUCAGGGAAUGAUAAGACAAUAAGCCAACAUGAAAUCAGGACGCAUUGUAUGGGCGUUAGUGUGGGCGUUGCUGGGUGUGGGAGUGGGCGGAGACGGGAACAAAGGAGUAAAAGACUAUAAAGAGUGUAAGGCAAAAACACUGUGGGUUGAGAAGACCGAAUUUCGAAACAUCCCGGAAGAAAAGUUUCUGAGAACAAACGCAUAUUACGAUGCUCCUCAAGUUAUGACCAAGUUGUUGCUGUCUACGAAGUCUAUUCCUUACUUCGUCACACAAACGCAAAUGGUACCCCAGUUUAUGACUCGCCUUGCAACAUUGCCUCAGUACAUCACUCACACCGUCUUUAAGACUUUCAUACGAUCCAUCACCAAGACUGUCAAGACUUAUCACACAAUAACAGCAAUCAGGACGCAGAAAUUCUACUCUACUGUGUGUCCUUAUAACCAGCACUAGCAUUUACAUGUAUUAACUGCAGUCUGCAACAUUUUUCUUGAGUUUACCAUAACAUUUUUGUCGUUUUCUUUCAUCAUUUUUCAAAGAAAGCAAAGGCUGAGAAUAAUUGUAUUAAUAUAAUUUUACGGCAUAAAAGAACAUGUCCUUUGGGUCUCUAUAUUGUGAAGUAUGUUUUAUUUUGGGAAUUAUAUAUGUAUAUGUAAGUGUCUGUGCGUGUAAUAUACAAAUAUUGUCAGGUAAACUUGUCUAAUUUUAUUUUAUGAGUAUGAUAUAUUCAAUGAUAUGUAUGAUAAUUUGAUUGGAAAAUUGAAACUGAAUUUACACAUGAACAGUUACGAUUGUUCUUUUGUUUGUUUGUUUAUUUGUUUGUUUAUGACAAUGGCGUAUAAAUGAAACCGAUAUAUUUGAUUAAACAUAUCUAUAAAAUUCUGUUUCAUUAGGGAUAGUGUUAAAAUUGACAUUUUUUGUAUUACUGUUAUAAGUAAAACAGUUUCUUUG